AUGCUCUUUCGGCAAAGCUCGUUGCGGCAAUCUCGGACACCUCGCAACUUUUUCCAGGUCGACGCGUUCAACGCCUUCCGCCAUUCGUUCGACGCGCGACCAAGACUGGAGGCCCUUAUGGCACCGCGACGCUGCAGCUUGACGGCACUCGCCGUCCUCGUUUUCGCGUUGUCGUUUCGAUCGGUGACGCGCUCAUCGGCGACAAACAAAUACGACGUGCGCUUUUACUCCGCCGGACCCUACACCCCAUGCGGCACGUCUGGUAACUUCUCCGCGGUCGGCGUGCAAGGCGCGUUAGAGCCGUACAAGGGAGAGGCGGCAUCGCUUAAAGGACAAGCGAUAUCGGGGCGAGUGACCGUUUACGAUGACUGCUACUUCGCGCUCUCAGAUCUCAGGUGUCCCUCUCCCCCUCAUCGCUACCACCGCUCCUCCGCUAGCCGUAACCACCGUGACCAUCGCUCCUCUUUCAACUCUCACUUCCGCCCCUCCGCUCCUCUCAAUCCCGUUACCCCGCCACCCGUUGCUUCCCUUACCCACGCCCCACUCCGCAGCAUCAGCGCGGCCGUCGAUGCGCCGAUAUCCAUCUGGGCGGGGCCCAAGGACGUCGACCCCUACUCGCACGCCGCGCCCGUCGACCCCUACGCCGCCUCCUCCUUCCCUGCCUCCGCCGCCUACUCCUUUGCACCGGCCAGCAACGCAUUCAACCUCACUUCGACGUCGCUAAUGGUGGUGUUCCUGCAGGCGGGCGGUCUCACCUGGGACGAGGCGCAGGUGCUCUACCUCUGCGCGGGGUCCGCCUCCACGGGAAUCACGCGGAUCUACGCGCAGUUCGCGGUCGGCGGGAGGGAGCACGCGGGCCCGCACGGGAAAACCGUGCGGUGGGUCCGGAAGACGGUGGGGGCGGCCGCGAGGGAGCAGCGCCUGCUCUUGCCUUCGCCCCCCUCCCGCCCGCCCCCUCCGCCCCCCAAACCGCCUGCGCCGGGCAGCAGCGGGCCGUCCGUCGGGCUGACCAACUGCGUGGAGGCGGUGCCGGGGCGGCUGAACAUAUACUGGACCGUGCAUCACGGCGACGCGGACGCAGGUGCCGCGGGACCGCCGCAAGACGUCUCCAUAGUCACCGGCUCCUCCGCGCCCGGCAGCAGCAGCGCUGGCAGCGGCGCCGGCGGCAGCGGGGGGAAGGGGCCAGUGGUGGAGAUGGGGAUGGAGGCGCGCGUGGGCGAGGGGUCGUGGGUGGCGGUGGGCGUGUCGCGCAACCAGACGCGCUUCGCCAUGCUGCAGAGCGACGUGACGGUGGGCGGCGUGCUGGCGGGCGGCGGAGGGGGCUUUGCGCGCGAUUACCACAUCACCGCCAAGCAGACCUGCCAGCAGGUCGCGGGCGGCUUCGUCGGCGUGUGCGAGGAUUCGCUCCUCGGCUCGUCCCCCACGUCCCUCAACGACGUGACCCUCGUCUCCGCGUCGCGUCGCGCUGACGUCACCUUCAUCCGCUUCACCAAGCCCGCGGCCACGGGGGACGACCGCUUCGACGCCAACCUGCUGCGCGCGCCGGGCCUCUCCGCGCUCUGGUGGGUCGUCUUCGCCGCGGGCCCGCUCGCGCCCGCGUCCACCACCGCCGCGCCCACGCUGCUCUUCCACGACCCCGCUCUGGGGUACUUUUCGGGGGGCACGCGCAUCCCCUUCGCGCCGCCCGCGCCCAUCCGCACCUGCUCCCCGCUCUGGGGCACCAAGCCCGAGUACCACCCCCCGCUUCCCCCGUACGCCCCUCCGCCUCCGCCCGGUGCGGCUGCGCCGCCCCCGCCUGGCGCGGACGCGGCGGGGGGCGUGGCGGGGAUGCCGGGGCUGCGCGAGUGCAGCACGGCGGUGGGCGGGCAGGUGUACGCGUUCGACGCGUGCGACGCGCUGCCCGGCGGCUUCCUGCUCAUGUGGUCGCUGGCAGGCAUCACGCUGCGCGCCGCGUUCGUGGCGCAGGCCGUGCCCGACGGCGGGUACGCCGCCGUGGGCCUCUCGCCCUCGGGCGCCGUCGCCAACUCCAGCCUCCUCGUCGUCUCCUACGCGCAGGACGCGGGCGCGGGGCGGGGGAGCGGAGGGAAGGCCGCGGGCGCGGGGACAGGCGGGGCGGAGGUGGAGGUGGGGCAGGUGGUGGUGCGCGCGGGUGCGCGGGGCGUGGGGGUGGAGGCGGUGGCGGGGGGCGAUCUGACGGUGGUGAGCAGUGUGGGGCAGGCGCGGAACAGUGCGCUCACGCUGCUCUUCUCGCUGCUGCUGCUGCCCAACCAGACGGCCGCCGCGUACCUGGUGUGGACCAAGGGGCAGCGCGCACAGCUCUCCCUGCCCGCCGCGGCUGCAGCCAAUGAGACGGGGGGGGUGCUGUCACUGGAUGGGCUGGACGCCAUGAUGACGUCAGCCAUCAGCUUCGAACGCGGCGAACCGAAAGACGACUCCAACGACACCAUCCGCCUCUGGAAGAUCCACGGCAUAAUCAGCACGGUGGCGUGGGCGUUCCUGAUGCCUUUGGGCGUGAUGGCAGCGCGCUACCUGCGCCAGGUGUACGCGCGCUGGUUCCCCGUGCACCAGGCGCUGCACCUCGCUGCUGCCUCCCUCGCCACGGUGGCAUUCACCAUGGCGCUCACCAUGCCGCACGGCGCCAUUGAGGGGCGCGCUGACAAGGCGUCACGCGGGACGUGCGUGGUGGCACACACAGCCAUGGGCAUCACACUCAUGGUCAUCGCUGCACUGCAGGUACGUUGGGGUGGGGGUCUCUGCCUGUGUUGUGCUGUGCUGCUGGGCACGUGA